AUGGUCACCGAGCCGAGGUCCGUUGAGCCCAAGGUCAGCACCAAGGAGGCGCACCAACGCAUGAGCAACAUCUCGCUGUCCUCCGGCACGGACUCCGUGGGCCACAUGGAUCGCGGCAGCAGCUCCAGUCUCGCUAGCAGCGCCACCGUUGGCACCAACACCAUCACCAGCGGCAUUUCCAAGGAGUGCGCCAAUUACCCCGUCCGCAGUCAGUCGGCCCGUCCAUACGUCCAACUGCCGGGCAUACACAUUUCCAACCCUCCCCAGUACGGGCCAGGGAAUAUGCAGGAAAUAGACGCUGGCAAAAUGGCGCACAACGGCAAGGCACUCACAGGGCGCUACAAUGCCACGCCCACCUAUGGCUUCGACAACGAGCAGAACUACUGCCUGAAUUCCCAACAGUUGCCGUCUCCAAUGCCCCCUCCACCAUACGCCUUGGCACGCGUGAGCAGCACACGCAACUUCGAGCUCGAGAACCACACACCGCCGGCAUGUCCCGGCUCUGGACCCAUUGCCAUGACGAACGGCACCAUCCAGUUGCGCCUCCGCGAUGGCGUGCGCAUUGACAUGACUCUGGACAAGGCGGUGCGCGUGCUCAAUCAGCGCAGCAUGGUGGCAGUUGCUCUAUCACGCAACUGCAGCCACUCGGCUUUGAUCCACCCCAAUGGACGCAUCUUGCAGAGCGGCGCUAAAGUCGAAAUAGUCACCUACGACGGCAUGAAGGGCAAUAACUUUGUUCGCUAUGCCAAGAUGUGGUACAAGGGUGUAAGCUUCACCAGCGAGGCGUGCGCUCUCAUCUACCUGGUGGACACAGCCGGGACGCGCACCACAACCGACACUUUCACCGAUCUGACCAAGGACUACACCCUGGCAGUGUUCUAUGACGACUCGCGCCAUGGUCCCUCUUAUAUGGCUGAAGCCCAUGACGUGAUUGCCAACUCAGCUUACACCUGUACCGAGGAUGGCACUGAGAUCUAUGACAUAAGCGGAUUUCGCAUCACCCAGGCAGCCGAUGGCCUGGUAAAGGUCACUCGUGUGGACAACAAGUGCUUGAUUCGCACCAGUCCCGGCAAUGGAUCGGCCACUUUGACCACACCUGGCAUCCAUUGCACUGCCUCUCUGGGCAAGACCUCGCAUCUGUUUGUUCGUCGCAAUGAGAAGCGCAUGCACUUCGAUGGAUCCUGUUUCAUUGUACGCAACGCCGGACACUCCGCCGGCUUCAAUGAGAACAACCUGCUCAUUGUCUACUGA